CCCUUCCCUCCCACCCCAACUGGAACUGAGUACAAGGGCGCUCCUGCAUCGAUGAAGGACUCCGCUGUCGGGUUUGAGCGCAGCAUCAAGAGACCAAGGGAGGCUGACCCCUUCUCCUCCAGCUGGGAAGGUGUCUUCAACCCUGCUGCUAAUGUCAACAACCUGCUCGAGGAGGACCCCCAGCCAACCUUUGACCCCCAGGCGACCUUUCACCCCUUCGGAACCGUGGCGGGCACCAGUGCACUCUGGGAUACCCCAUCAUUCUCUAGUGCAAUGGGCGAGCAGCCGCCAUGGUCCCGAGAGACCGGAUCCCCACAAAGGCCAUCACCGCUCCUGUCCACCAGUGCCCCAACAAGCAUGUGGGAUAUCCCAGCAUCCUCUGCGGAGGCGCUGUGGAGCAUGCCCAGUACGACCUCCAGCGCCGGCCUGUUCCCCUCCAUCUGGCCGCCGUCCCCGGACAACCUGCAAGGGGGAGCCGCUGCACACCCUGAUGGAAACGGCCAGGAGAAGCAAGAGGCCCAGUCAGCCGUGUCCCGCCUCGGAUCCCUCUUCAGCAACAGCAUCUGGGGGCCCUCCCUGGCCGGCGUGAACUCCGACCCCUGGGCACCUGCACCCAAGAAGGACGACAACUAGGGCAAAACCUCAUCCCUGAUUGGUUGAAGCAAAUUUUACUGAUCCCUGAUUGGUUGAAGCAAAUUUAACUGAUGUCUGAUUGGUUGAAGGAAACUUUGCUGGUCUCCAAUUGGUUGAAAGAAAUUCUCUG